AUCUCAAUCUGGCACUCUCACUCAUCCCCUCACUCGCCGCAGUUCAUCGUCAUGAGCAACCUUGAGAAGACACUGUUCCAACUGAAGUUCACAGCCAAAACCCUCAACAGGCAGGCGAAGAAGGCUCAGAAAGACGAAAACACGGAAAAAUCCAGGCUAAAGAAGGCUCUACAACAGGGCAACAAUGAGGGCGCCCGCAUCUAUGCCUCGAAUGCUAUACGGAAGAAAAGUGAAUCGCUCAACCUUCUGCGACUGUCCAGUCGGAUAGAUGCCGUCGCCAGUCGGGUAGAAACUGCGGUGACCAUGCGGCAGGUCACUGGGAACAUGACCUCGGUCGUGCGCGGGAUGGAUAAAGCUAUGGAAAGCAUGAAUCUGGAACGGAUAUCGAUGGUCAUGGACAAAUUCGAGUCUCAAUUUGCCGACCUUGAUGUUCAGACGUCAUACAUGGAAGACGCAAUGGGAUCGACAACAGCGGUCUCGACACCGCAGGACCAAAUCGAUCAGCUGAUGCGACAGACCGCAGAAGAGGCGGACAUUGAACUGCAGCACGAUCUCGCAGCCAGAGAUUUGGCACCUGUCCAGGAUUUGGUGGCGAAGGAUACGAUCGGGGAGGAAGACGCAAAGCUUGCUGAACGGCUGCGGGCGUUGAGACCGGCUACAUAGGUCCUCGUGGAUCGGGGAGGAGACUGUCGUGCCAUAAAUGACUCGAACUUUGCGGGAUAGUUUAGCCCAGCUCGGAUGCGCAGGAAAUGGUUGAUAGGCGGCUGAAGAAACAUCUCACGUCCGUGGCCCACAGCUGGGAAGUGAGCGCUGGGGGCGCAGCAGAUCUGAUUCAAGCCCGCUAUCGAUGAAAUAGAGAAUGAUGGUUCUAUUGCAGGUAGAAAUGAUCCCGGAGAGCCGUUCCAGACAACCGAGAGAGCACAAGGAGUGGUGUCUAUUCUGUGCGUCUGUUGUGAGUUGUACACCGAGGGUCGCUGUGAAAUCGGGUAAGAAGCUUCGUGGGUCAAGAUCGUUGCGGCAUAGUUCGCAUGGUGCCCUGUGGCUAUUGGGGCCAGGUGUUCAUGAGAGCAGAGGCCAGCCCCCAUGCGGACAACUGUUCCGAUCGAAGUAACAAAGUGUGGAAGUCAGAUGAGAAAUCGAAUCUGGACAGAGUCAUUGCCGUCAGGGGUCAUUGCGUGCUUGGACCUUGGCAUUCUAUAUCUUCACCGGCACCUUCCUCCUGCUCCUGUGGUCUAAUCCUCCUCUUGGUGGUCGUCCUGGAUCUCAAGGCCCUCGGCCACGAUUCCUUCCUGCCUCUCCGCUAAUGCAAGUCACGAUCACCCGCCUCCCAACGGUCCUCAGCGUCGUCUCGAUUCCGCGCUCCCAUCUCGACCGAUUCACACAUCCCGUCCUCCGCACUCUUCUCCUCCCCAAUCCGUCCUUCUUGAGCGUAACUUGCAAUGAGAUCGAAUUGUCAAUAUUCGCGGAACCUCAGGCGGUCGAUGCAUUUGAUGCAUUCGUCAAGUCUGGGAACGGUUACCGGGAUGGAAUGGAGGUUUCUCACGAGAGAUGGUGUGUGCUGCAGAUUGAUUCGCACAGUGACCAGCUAGAUAAUGCCGGAGCGCGUGUAAGCGAACUCUCGGCACCUCUGGCCGCCGCCGGAAUCUCUAUUCUUUACCUCUCGUCGUAUACGAGUGAUUACAUCUUCGUCAAGGAGCGUAGGCUCGCGGAAGCUAUGUCGCUCUUCGCCGCCGCCGGUUUCAGUCUAUAUGCAUCGCAUCCGGACCUGCUAACAGCUCUGAUCUCUGUCCCUCCUGGUCCGGUGCUGAGAGAACGCAGCGGCUCCGCCCCGGUCCCCCCUACGAGCGCAUCACGUUCUAGCUCCAAGUCAAGCUCUUCUAAGUCCAAAUCGAGGUCCAAAGCUUCCAAAAGGGGUUCUGCCCGAGCCCAAUCGACGCCCGACCCGUCUAUUGCCGCAGCAGCGUCGUCGUCGUCGCAACCUCCCAAAAUGGCAACCAUACCGGCAAUCCGGAUCCUCGCCCCCGAUUUAGCGUGUGUGGGUCUCGUCGACACGGAUGACAUGGUUGCGCAGUGGGCGCUCAAAGUGGUCAAGCUAGUCGCGUUUCCAGACCUGAUCCCACUCCCUGGGGCCGCCAAAUCACCCGGAAACCCCACACCAAGAGGACGCGGGACACCUUUGAUGGAGGAGGUGGAUGAUGGCUACUUUUCGCACUCAAGCUCGCCUUCUCCCAAUAGGGAUAAGAAGGACAUCGAAGAAGAACCACAAGUCUCCAGGUCUCCUCCUCGCGAGAUGCCAUCACGUUUGGAUGGCCUGCCGCCGGCACUGGAGUUCGAGUCUACUGCUUCCUCAUCGACAUCUUGGCUCUCGGGCACCGUCGUCACGGAACCUUUUCCUAAAAAAUCUGCUCCGAACCGGUCGAGCUCCAUCCAAGACGGUCACGCGCCUCGCACAAAGGCCCAUGACAUUUCGUUCUACAGCUUUACCCGAACACCAGACGGCUCAUCGCUAACGACGAGCACGCGUGUUUUGUCUGCAUUGUUUCCGCCAGAAGAACGACAUAUGGUCAUUUGUGGAUCUGAAUUGGAUGAGUCCGAUCGAGAGAGGGACGCAUGGAUCAGUCGCAACGGGAGUUCUGGUUACACCUCGAUGCCGAGUUCGCCGGUGAUUAGUGUGCCUCCGCGGUGGGAGUCUCGUCGUUCUGAAGAUUCCGAUGACGACGAGGACAUCAGUACCGAAGACGAGGACGACGAGGACGACGAGGACUCUGGGGGGCACUCGCUGAUGAGUGCUUUACAGAUCGACCUCCGAAGUACGGGCCUUGACACGCAUGGCCUCGUCCAUCGAUUUUCCCGCGCACUGGCCGGGGAGGAGUCAAUCACAUGUAUGCAUCGACGCUUCGAAGUGCAAAUAUACUCGUCCCGUCCGGCCGAGCGAGACGAGCGGGCGCGUUGCUGAAUAGUUGUUGAUGGGAGAUGAGUAAUACAUCUCACACUUGUCUAUGGCCAACCUUGCUUCCAUUUGAAAGCACUGUAUGAGUUGACAAGUAGUAUUGUUGGGGUGCGAAAGAUACUGGAUCUGAUCAUGAUGCAUGGAUUCGUCGAGUAUUCCAUUCUUGUCACACCCAGUCGACGCGCCUCGCUUGCCAAAGGCCUAGCACGUCUUUCAUCAGCACACCAACUUGAACAUUGGUCAUGAGCGGCUCGUCCCAAUCAGUCAUGGGUCCCAAUAAUUUUGGCAUUGAUGCCGCAAGAAGGCCAGCCUGGGUCUUCGAUGCCAAUGGGGUGGGCUGGCUGCCAGGGUGGCUUGGCGUCCAAUCCGCUGGGAGCUGCGCCAUCCGCUGAGGGUGUCGCUGAUCAAGAGGUCAAUUCGAGCACCUGGAACCCGAGCCAUCGAUUCAAAUUCGAGGCUCCCCUGAUUCAGAGAUAAUAACUCACGUAGCUUCUGGGUGGUCAUGUCAGAUAAUUGCACUGUAAGGUGCGGCGACUAUCAAUACACACGUUGCAAGAAUUAUGCAGCAGGCUCCUCUCCAUCAGCCAGCUGCUUGUAGUAUCGAGUAGCCAACACAUUGUAGAAAAUGCUGAUUUUGGGCGUGUGCUCAGGGAGCUGCGUUUCUGGUAGAAAUACCGGUCCAGAGACUGUCACUGCGCGCUCGAACUCUUUAUCUCGUGGAUGUACAUCGAAGAAUGGAGGUUUCGUCGCCUGCUCCGGGAUGAGAAUCCUACUUGUCUCGUCCCAUGAAAUUUCGUCCAACAUAGCUAAGUCGUAUUCACACUCGUUCUCGUCUUUCGCCCGAGUCAGAUCCUGUGUCUGCGAGAGCUCGGAGAAGGACGAGGCCUUGGAUAAUUUCGUUCGGCGGGCUGCCUUGAUGUGACCGGCAGUGGCGCCCUGCGGUGGCAAUAAAGUGAAGUACGACGCCUCGGACUGUUCUUGCAUUGGCAUGUGUGGGCGCAGAUUUGGUGCGCGUUGCUGCCAUCCGCUGGCCGGACGUGGAUUUGCGGCGACAGCUCGACCCGUAGACGAGUGACUGGUAUUCUGUCUAAUGGGAGUGCGGGCGGUGGAUCAAGGGACAUGGGCCGAGGACGCAUACUCGGUAGUAGAAGAGGCGACAUGUAGG